AGGUGUCAGCCACUCAGGCUCGCUCGAGCUGGGCUCGUUGACAGCCCCUCCCAAUAAGGCAGUCAGACUCAGGGCCUCAGUUUCAUACUUUCAUCUCCGCGCUUUGUUCCCUCAGACUCUCUCCUCCCUUGCUCUUCCUUCCCUGGCGGCGACGAUUGGGCGAGCGGCGGCGCCAUUUGUCGCAUCUUCGCUUUGCCGGCGACGAGCAUCCUCCAGCAGAGGGUAAGCCUUAGUACCAUGGAAGGAUCAUCGGUGUCAUCUCAAGCUAUCCCAGUUUCUGAAGAUGAUUAUUGCAACAGCUCCAGUGCACCUGCCGAUGCUGCUGGCAGCAGCUCACCAGCUGUUUCCAAACUCCGGAAGCUGCUGUUCCGGCGAAUGCUGAUUGGUGUGAACGAUGGCCGUUACUUCCUCGGGUUGUUCCACUGCAUCGAUAAGCAAGGGAACAUAAUCCUCCAGGAUGCCGUGGAGUACCGCAGUGCCCGUCAUUCUUCACCUCCGACAGAGCAGCGGUGCCUGGGGCUCAUCUUGAUCCCUGCCGCUUGCCGCUCGUCUUGUCAGGUCGAUUGCUCUAUUGAAGAGAAGAUGUCGCUUCUGUGUUUAGAGUGAAUGGUGCUUCUGAAGAUGCUAUGCUGUCCGGCCUACUGAGCAUAGAUGAACGCAUUGUAUAAAGUUCUUAUGUCUUGCUGAGACUUAAUGUGCAACCAAUUCUGUAAUCUGAGAGGCCCUGCAUGUUCUUGUUGUAUUAGCUGACAUAUUUAAAGAAAUUUGGCCUUAUUUUUUUUUCAAGAAUUGUUAAUUUUGAAACUUUUA